AUGUCAACCCCGCGCCUCUCACUCGAUGACUACUACUUGAAUCAACAGACACUAAUGUGGGCAAAGGUUGUCACUGGUCUCGCGACGCUCCAAGAUGCCAUCCAAACCCUCUCGACCGCCUACAUCAAGCAUACCAACGCGGUCCUCGGAGAGCACGGCGCGGGUCUCGAUGUUGACUCUGCUCUAGCCAAGCUCGGGGAAAACCCACUCUUCAAGCUGGGAGAGCAAUCCAAUCGCGCGGCCAGUCCUGAGAAGUCUGCACCCGCUGAGGUUCCUGCCGACAAGAAGGAACGCAAGAAGAGACAACAUGAUCCCAAUGCUCCCAAGCGUCCUCUUACUCCCUUCUUCCUAUACAUGCAGACCGCACGUCCCAUUAUUGCCGCAGACCUCGGAGCAGAUGUAGCCAAGGGAGCUGUGAGCAACGAGGGAACCAGAAGAUGGGGAACAAUGGCGCAAGAUGACAAGCAGCUCUGGACCAAUGCCUACAAAGACAACCUCCGUCUCUACAACGCCAAGAUGCACUCCUACAAAGCCGGCAACCUCUCAGCCAAAGACAUGACAGACGAGCAAGCCGCCGGCUAUGCCGACGAGCACAACAUCUCCACUGACAACACAGCCGAUGCCCAAUUGGUCGGAGAGUCCUCAGCAGCAGCUCUCAACGACGAGGAUGCCGAAGGUGAGCCAGACAAGGAACCCACACCACCGCCCAAGACCCCCAAAGCCAAAUCCACCCGCAAGAGCAGGGGCAGUGCUAAAGAAACCCCUGCGGCUCCAGAGACCAUCGUCCCUCCCGCGAGCUCUAGCAUCGUUCCUCCCAAAGCCGCAGCAGAGAAAGAGAAGAGUCCAGAUAAGAAGCGGAAGAGAUCUAACAAGAAGGGAGCCGAUGAGCCCGUGAGCACGAUUGAGAAGGAGGACGCGGUCGAGACGCCCAAGAGCGCGCCGAAGCCCAGGAAGAAGAAGGCGAAGGCUGAUAAUUAG